AUGUCAAUCGAUAAGCCAAUAUCAUCAUCGCCACCAUCAUUCUCAGCUAAUGAUUUAAAUACAUGUAUUGAGGUUCUUGAAAAAUUUAAUUCCAAGGCAGCAUAUCCAUUAUUAGAAUCAAAUGAAUACAAUAAUCUUCGACCAUUAAUUCGUGAUUUAUUUCUUGCAGAAAAACGACUAAAAAAGAAAAAAUUAAAAAACGAACGUCAUCAGACAAAAUUAAUCGAUCGAAAAACAAAAAAUUCAUGUUUACUUCGUUCUGGUCGAGAAAAAAAACUUGAACAACUUCAGCUACAAAAUAUUCUUGUACCUGAUGGAACUGUACAAAUUCAAUCAACAAAGCCAGAAAUUGAAAGCGGAAAUUCUUCAUUAUUAAAUGUUUCUCAACGACUUCUUCAUCCAAAGCCUUGUUAUAUAUGUAAACUUAAAUAUCGUACGUUGCAUUAUUUUUAUGAUUCUCUGUGUCCAGCAUGUGCACAACUUAAUUUUGAAAAACGUUUACAAACAACAGAUCUAUCAAAUCAUAUAGCUUUAGUAACUGGUGGCCGAGUUAAAAUUGGUUACCGAAUUGUUUUAAAAUUAUUACGUGCAAAUUGUUUCGUUAUUGCUACAAGUCGAUUUCCAAUAGAUCUUUUGAAUCGUUUAAAUAAUGAACUUGAUUUUAAUGAGUGGAAAAAUCGUAUAAAUAUUUAUGGAGUAGAUUUUCGUUAUUCACAAUUAAUUGAACAAUUUACACAAAUGUUAAUUGAUAAAUAUGAUCGAUUAGAUUUUUUAAUUAACAAUGCUUGUCAAACUAUUCAACGACCAAAAGAAUUUUAUCAACAUUUAAUUUAUAAUGAACGAUUAAUAAAUUAUUCAAUUUUACCAAAUGAUCAUCAACAAAUUCUUGAUGGAAAUCUACAAUUCUAUAAACGAUUAUUACCAUCAUUCAAUCGAUUUUUGUAUCAAUCAUCUUCAUCAUUAUCACUUGCUCUACCUUCUUCUAUAGAAGAUUCAAAUGAGAUUUCCAAAAUACCAUCAAUAGAUAAUAAAACUUUAUUUGAUGUUAAUCAACAACCAAUUGAUUUUCGUUCAACAAAUUCUUGGAUGUUACGUCUUGCUGAUUUAUCAACUACUGAAAUAAAUGAAGUGCUUACUAUAAAUACAUUAGCACCAUUUAUUCUUAAUAGCAAACUAAAAGUUCUCAUGGCUGAUAAACAUCCAGAUCCUGAGAGUAAAAAAUUUAUUAUUAAUGUUUCAGCUAUGGAAGGCUCAUUUGCUCGUAAAAGUAAAACUGAUCGACAUCCACAUACAAAUGCAGCAAAAGCAGCAUUAAAUAUGAUGACACGAACAUCAGCAAGUGAUUAUAAAAAUUCAAAUAUUUAUAUGGUUUCUGUUGAUACAGGUUAG